UCUCCCAAAAUAACAUCUGCAAAUACGUCCUCUUUAGUGUCACCACUUGCAGUGUGAAGUGACUAAUCGAAUUUCCUUGAAAACCUGGAAAAAAAGUCCACCAUCUGUACUGCUGUACAACAGUUGGCUGCGGGAAACGUCACUCAACCGACAAAUCCAAAUCCUCUCAAGUCCUGAGUCCUGACCGCCUCCUCUGCUCUUUGCGAUGCGCGGUCCCGUCUCCACAAUCCCGCCCACGCACCCUCCUGCUGCUCUUGACUCUUACGGAUCGUAGGAGGAGGGAGAGUAGAAGCCGUGUUCUGUUCCUGUUUUGAGGUCCCAGCGACCGAUAUCUCUGCCCCCGACUGUGUGUAUCCCUCCGGACUGUUUCUUCAUGCUCGUGCCGCAGCUCAGAUGGGAGAAGUAAGUGCAGCAGCUGCUGUUUGGCACGUGAACGCGCGCGGCAGGUCUCUCUGGCGGGCCAUCCCAAGCACGGGAUGCUGAACGGGAGCCGUGAGGGUUUGUUUGAACUGGGCAGGCAGCUCCAGCAGGAGGGAGACUCCCAAGCUGCUCUGCACUGCUUUUUGAGCUGCCUGCUGGGACUCACGCACGUGCAGAGCUUCCACUCGCUUCCCAACUGCCUGCAUCAGAUUGCUGAACUCUACAUUGACGACAAGAAUUAUGGGAAAGCUCUGCAGUUCAUUCAGGCGGAGAAGAUGUUCUACGAAGUGGCAUUGAUCGAGCUCACCUCGCUGCAGGCCAGCACAGGGUCUCAGGAAGACGGAAUACUGGGAACGCCGGGAUGUCUGUCUCAAGAGGAGUUAUCAGAACAGACUUUACAAGCCCAGGAUCUUGAGAGACUGGCUCAGCUCUGCAUCAUGAGCAAAAGACCCCAUCUUGCUUUAGAAUACAGUGGCAAGGCCACUAAAAUCCACCAGAGGGCUUUUGGUAACGAUCACCCCAUCACAGCCCGGAGCCUGGAGCUGCUGGCCACUGUCUAUGCUGAGAUCGGCAAGACAGAAUACACAAAAUCAUUGGGAGAGUGUGUGUCGACUCUUUCCAAAAGGUUCUCGGCCACCGAGUCAUUCAGCGACGCUCUGAGUAGCAUCUCUCAGAGCCAUAAGGACAGACACGCUGAGCUGCGACACAGAAAAGAGCCAUACAUACAACAGGAAACUCCUAAAACCAAGGUCAUAAAUGAAAAACUGCCCACCUCUAUUCUGAAAAGGUCCCAUGUGGAGCCAGACUCAUCGCGCAAGCGAAAAAGCGAGAGGCGGGUUCGCUUCAGAGAGCCGGAGAUCACUGUUCAUGACAUUCCGUACUAUGAAUGUUUAGGAGUCUACGACACCCCCCAGAGUCAUUUGCACCUGGCCCUGCUCACCUGCCUGUUCCUGCUUCUGUCUGCGCUGGGUCUGGCACUGUACUGCACGGACCGCCGGAGACCCCAGCGCGCCUGCGAAGAGCUGCAGACGGCGCUGGCUGUGUACCUGCUUCAGUUCAAACAGAUCGUUUGGGCCUGCUGGAUCUGGCUGACCAUGCAAUGACUAUGGCAUAGCUGACCACAGGGGGCAGAAAAAAAACAUAAAAGGUCAGGAUGUUUUUUGAAGGACUGUGUAAGAAAAAAAAAAAAAAAAAGAUAAAGGUCCUCUUGUUUUUUUUUUUUUUAUUGCUUUAAUUUUCACUGUUUUAAUCAGACUGCCCACCAGUCGAAGUCUGUGAGGAUGUUCAACAUCCAACUCUUUUAUUUUGUGGUUGAUUGAAGGCCUUGUGCUUUUCCACACCAUUAAGGGAUGGUGUGCUUUUUUGCCCUUUAUGGUGGCAUAGAGUAGCUAAUGACACAUCCAUAUUAUAAUGAGCCAUAUAUAUUUAGAUUUCUGUAUAUAGCUCUUUUUCCUCUUGCAGUGGUCCUGGGUGAUAUUUUUUUGAAGAAGUAGUUGAACAUUAGAUGAACAUUUUCAAAAAAAUGGACACCUCCUCAGGCCAUCCAAGAUUUUGGCUCAGCCAGUGGAUCCUCUGUAGUAAAUGGGUGCCGUCAGAAUGAGAGUCCAA